AUGCUUUCCGAAGGACUGUUCAAUACAACGGUCUGUCCAUCCCAAACUCUCGUCUGCGGCUGGGUAUCGAGCCCUAAUACCCGAGGGACGAUCAAUAUUAUUUGGAGCUCCCUGAGCACUAUCUGGCUGUGUACAUGGACCGCUUUGUGUUUGAACAUACCGGAACAGCAAAGCUCACGAGGCUGGCGCAUGAUGUUAUACAAAUUCCGAUGGCAGAUGUUCGCCGUCUUCUUUCCGGAGGUUCUCGUUGCUCUAGCAGCCGAACAAUGGAUAUCUGCAAAGCAAUCUGUCCGCACAUUUAGGGAGUUAGGUCAUAAUGAUUGGACGAUCAGACACGGAUUCUUCGCUGAUAUGGGUGGGAUAAUCGUAGCACCCAAAGACUCAGACCACUUUGCAAUCGAUAGCUAUCAACUGGCACACUUGAUCAGAAACAAUCACAUAUCGCUUCCUCCGAUUGACAUCAACGAUAUUCGAGCUGUGAAUAAAGCUGAUGGGCUCGCAAGAGCAGUAACUAUGGCUCAGAUGGCAUGGUUCUGUAUGGCAUGUCUCGGUCGGAGCAUAGAAGGACUCAACAUUACCCCAGUGGAGCUCGAAACCUUAGCUUUUAUUCUUUGUACCACGCACACAUUCUUCUUCUGGUGGAACAAACCGCUCGAUCCAGCCAGACCUUUGAUUUUGUCUUUAAAUGAGACUACCGAAGAACUCUGCAUGCCAGGCCACGAUCCGGAAAGCUUCGAGCGAACGCCGCUAGAUUUUGUAAGGCCAGCACCAGACUCGAAAAGUCUUAUUGCUCCGUUUUGGUUUGGGCUCAAGGCUACUUUCAAUGUGCAGCAAUACUUACGACCGAUUAAGCGUCCAAUAACACCAACAAUAGCACGUAAGACAAUUUCCAAUAGCACGAUUCACCCAGCUGAGGGAAUCGGGUGGAUUCUCACACUGUAUUUGAUAUUUUUCCAGGCUAUGUUCUAUGGGCUUCACAUCGGUGUUGCAUGGAAGAUUCCUUUCCCAACUCAUCUAGAAUUCUCGAUCUACGAGCUCGCAAAUAUUGUGGAUUUCGGGUUAAUCGUCAUGUUUAUUCUGGCUUUACCGCUUGGGGCGCACUUUGCACCUUUCAUUGGAAGAGUAGUUUUCAAGAAAGAGGCCUCAACUGUUUUAGAGGUAGCUGCUAUGUUGCCACCUUGGGGAAAGCUACUUGUCCAUGGACCAUUUGUCAUUGGGUAUAUCAUAGCAAGAGUCUUGGUCUUAGGAGAGAGUGUUGUCGCUUUGAGGGCAAUGCCUGAUAUCAUAUUCCAAGACCUCGAUUGGUCGAACUUUUUACCUCACAUUUAG